GCCAAGGCAAGCUAGAUGAGGCCGAGCAGAUAUACAUACGGGCACUAGCUGGGUACGAGAAAGCACUAGGACCGAACCACACAUCAACCCUCCGCACGGUCGACAAUCUCGGGGUUCUAUAUGCUAGCCAAGGCAAGCUAGAUGAGGCCGAGCAGAUGCAUAUACGGGCGCUAGCUGGGAAGGAGA